AUGCAAACAAUGAUGGACAAAAUUCAGUAUAACCUCUAUUGCACGCCAAUUGGGAGAAAGUAUCAGAACCGUUUAUUAAAACAAGCCGCUGAGAAAUAUCCAAAUGGGCAUCGUCAGGGAAAGACAGACGUGUAUGACGGAUUAAACAUCACAAUCGUUCCGUAUGGCUACGACAACUACGGAUAUGUGGUGCAAUCCGCUCAGGAUGAUGUGCAUUGUGUGCUAAUCGACGUCGGCUACCUUCCGCCCUUCAAGAAAUUGCUCGAGAAAAACAAAUGGAAACCUGUCGCCGCCCUUACAACUCAUCAUCAUUGGGACCAUGCUGGUGGGAAUGAUGAGCUGAAAAAGUUGUAUCCAGAGAUUGAUAUGAUUGGAGGGGCAGCGGAGAAGUCGAGGGGCUUCACGAAGACAGCAAAUGAUGCGGAAGGAUUUGAAUAUAAUGGAAUUUACAUAAAAGUUCAUGAUUUUAAGGCUCAUACGAAAGGGCAUGUGAUUUACCAGAUUUCCCACCUCGAAAAUGACCCGGCAGCGCAAAAUUUUUUGUUUACUGGCGAUUCAAUGUUUGUCGGGUGUAUUGGGCGAGCUUUCGAAAACAGCGAGAAGGAGAUGAUCAAGGCGCUGGACAGAUUAAUCGAAAAAUAUUCCCCGGAAUCAUUUGUCUAUCCUGGACAUGAAUACGGUAUCGAGGCAUUGGCUAUGGCUGUUCAGAUGGAUCCACUAAAUGAAGAAGUAUUUGCCGCUUUUAAACAAGCAAAAAAUUGCAAGCGAUCUGGAGAUCCGGAUAUUCCAUCCACCCUGCAGAAAGAAUUGAACACAAAUGUUUUUCUUAAGACAAAGGAGCUCACAAAUCAAGGAGAUGAUGAUGCGAGAGCCAUGAAACUAGUGGAACUACGAAAGGAAAGAGAUGUUUUCCUCAAAAACGCUCAUCUGAAUAUGGUCAAAGCCGAGGAUAGUCAUUAUCUGAAGCUGAAGGCGAUUGAGGAAGCCCAAAAGAAAACCAAGGCCCCGGAAACUGGAGGGGCUCAGAAAACGGCAAAUACUGAAAAAGCUGAUGCAGCUGAAGCUGAAGCGGAAACCCUUGAAGUGAACGGAACUAAAAUGUCUGACGAA